AGUAACUCCUCGCUCUACAGCAGCAGCCUUCCUGUCCGGUGUUUUAUAGAUAUCACGUUUUUAACACUGCCACCCUCCAGCUAGCUCUUUUACUGGAGUCGGGAGCUGGUGUGCGCGGGUUUCCCCUGGUAAUUACAUUGAGAGUUUGAAGGAGAACCUGUCGUUUGGACUCUUCAGACUCCUUCACUGAGAUCUACGUCUCCCAGCUCGACCUGCUCUUCGGACUUCAGCCCGGUAACUUAGGAUGAAGCGACGGCUCGGUCUCCAAAACAUCUGAACCUCAGAUCCGGUGAAGCUCUGCUCCCUCUGACUCGCUUGGUGACUUUCAGCGGCCGAUAGCGGUUUAGACUUACUGUACCAACAAAACACAGAGAGAACAAAACCAGAGGAAAACAGUGGGAAGGGGCGGAGAGCGAGGGAAGGAGGGAGCCUACGCUUUCCCUUCCCCGAGUGUGUGUGCCUCUCCUCUGGCGAGAGAAACCCGUGUGCAGGCGGAGCCACGGCCGGAGAGCAGAGCGCUGAAAUGAGGCUGAGAUGAGGCUCAGGAAUGGAACUCUGGCCACUGCAGUUAUCUUCUUCACCUCUCUUCUCAGCCUGUCCUGGUAUACCGCUUGGCAGAAUGGAAAGGAGAAGUUGGUAGCCUACCAGCGGGAGUUUCAUGCUCUGCGGGAGCGACUUCGUGUGGCAGAACAUCGAACCCUCCAGCGCUCCUCUGAGCUGAACAACAUCCUGGAACAGUUCCGCCGUGCCAUUGCAGAGACCAACGGCAGCAAGGAUGCUCUCACCAACUUUUCAGAUGAGACACAGAAGCUUUUGAAGGAGUUGGCUCACAGGAAGCCUCUCCAAGUGCCAAAUAUCUACCACCACUUGCCACACCUGCUCAACAAUGAAGGCAGUCUGCACCCAGCUGUCCAGGUGGGCCAGGGACGAACCGGAGUUUCCAUGGUAAUGGGGAUCCCCACGGUGAAGCGGAAAGUGAAGUCCUAUCUGUCAGAGACGUUGCAUUCACUCAUCGAUAAACUCUCGCCUGAAGAGAAGCUUGACUGUGUGAUCAUAGUUUUCAUUGGGGAGACGGAAAUAGAAUAUGUGAAUAGUGUGGUCUCGAGCCUUGAGAAAGAAUUUACCACGGAACUCAAUUCUGGGCUGUUAGAGGUAAUCUCUCCUCCUGCCAGUUACUAUCCAGACCUCAACAGCCUGAAGGAGACCUUUGGAGACUCUAAAGAGAGAGUGAAAUGGCGGACCAAGCAGAACUUAGACUAUUCUUUCCUCAUGAUGUAUGCGGUCAGCAAAGGAGUUUACUAUGUCCAGUUGGAGGAUGAUAUCGUUGCGAAACCCAACUACUUUGCCACUAUGAAGAACUUUGCCCUGCAGCUGGCCUCUGAAGACUGGAUGAUCCUGGAGUUCUCCCAGCUAGGCUUUAUUGGUAAGAUGUUCCAGGCUCCUGAUCUGAAUCUUAUAGUGGAGUUCAUAUUUAUGUUUUACAAGGAGAAGCCUAUUGACUGGCUGUUGGACCACAUUCUCUGGGUGAAAGUGUGCAAUCCUGAGAAAGAUGCUAAACACUGUGAGAGACAGAAGUCCAGUCUUCGGAUCCGAUUCAGACCCUCUUUAUUCCAGCAUGUGGGCUUGCAUUCCUCCCUUGCAGGGAAAAUCCAGAAACUCACGGAUAAGGAUUUCCUGAAGCCACUGCUGCAUAAAAUUCAUGUGAACCCACCUGCUGAGGUGUCCACUUCACUUAAGGUCUAUCAGGGCCACACUCUAGAAAAGACCUACAUGGGAGAGGAUUUCUUCUGGGCCAUCACCCCUAUGGCAGGAGACUAUGUGCUGUUCAAGUUUGAUCGACCAGUCAGCAUAGAGAGGUUCCUGUUUCGCAGUGGCAACCAGGAGCACCCAGGAGACAAAAUCGAGAACACUACAGUCGAGAUUUUACCCUUCUCGGACACCGGACUGAAGACCAAAGAGAAGUACAAACGAACAGAUGACCAUUUCUACAGAGUUGCGGAUUUCGAAAAUGGAGUGGCGGAAGGGACAGUUGACCCUUCUCUGAACCCGGUGGCUGCUGUGCGUCUCGCUGUACUGAAGGACUCUGCUGUGUGGGCUAUUGUCAGUGAGAUCCACAUAAAGAGAGUUGCUGGAUAACUGUCUGUCUGUAGGCCUCCGCUGGCGACAGCUGUGCUGUACGAUCUCUCGCAGCAUUCCAAAACAACAGUGACUUCAUCAGAGCGCACGGACGCUACCAAUCACAGUGUCACUCAAAGGAUUGCUGGCUUUUACACACUCCUCGUCCUUUUCUUUCUCUUUUUCUUUACCCCAGCCCCACCCUCCUGUGUCCUGCUCGCAAGUUCUCUUUUAAUUUCCACUCUAUUUCCUUUGAGGAUUUAAUUUUGUCAAGCCAUCUUCUCUUCUUCUUCUUUUGUGUUAAUGUGAAUACUACUGUAUAAAAAGGAAGCUCUUUGAAAGAACUUUACCAGAGACUGAAGUUAUGCCUUGAGGAUUUGCAAUCACUCGUACUAGCUGCAGGGUUACGCGCUAAUGCUGGAGAGAAGCUGACGGCCCAUACCGAAGGAGAAUGUUAUCAGUACUGUAUCGUUAUGGACCGCAAAAAGACUUUGGCCGCGAGUCAGAUAAGUGCUUUACAGUUUACACAAAAUUGUCUGAGGAGAAAUUAAUUUCAGAACUUGUGUUAAAUGAAAAAUUAAUUGCGUUGCCGUUUUCACCUCUUACGCUGUUCAAGCUUUAUUUAAUUUAUGUCUGUGUAACAGUUUGUUGUUUAAUGACUACUUUGCCAAAAUGUUUCUUGAAGCAAAUUUCUAAAGAACAGAAACUUUACUGCAGAUCCCUUCCUGUAAGACAGGAAAGGUCUUUCCUCCCUUCAGUGUCCUUUUGACGUAAACCAAUCAACCAUGGCCUUUCAGCCGAAGGGAUAUAUAUAAAAUAUAUAUAUAUAUAUAUAUAUAUAUAUUACUAUUAUUUUGACGAUCUAUGAAGGUGACUUAACUUAUUUGAAAUAAAUCUUUAAUUUGUACAAGAGAGAAAAUUUUAUUUUUUAUGCUGUGAAAAGUCUAAGAUGCGGUAGAGGUAAAUAUUUGAUUUGAUAAAUAUUGGAAUUAAAUGAUUUGUUUUUAGUGAUUGUGGCUUAAAGUGAAGAAUCUGGUUCAUUUUUCUGUUAUUGUUUUUUUUUUUUUUCUGUGUAGUUCCGACGGGUGCCAGUCCCCCACAUUUGUGCCUUAACGUCCAGUGUCCUCUAGAGGUCUGGAAAGGGACUGCCUCUCUUUGUCAAAGCCCCUUUGUUACACAGGAGUAACUCAGAAGAGCUUUUUAAGUCAGUCCUUGAGGACCCUCAGCUCAGCCAUGUUUUUUAUAGUUUUUUUUUUUCUCUAUUCAAACCUGAGCCAGGUAAUCAUGAUGAUUCUCUGGCCCAGAUUUGGCACAGAACAAAUGGAGAUGGGAUGAGGAUUCCCAAGGAACUUAAAAUUAGAGGGAGUGGUUCUAUAUCCCAGUUAAAUCAUCUAUGGUCCAGCAUGUAGCUUAGCCAUGGUUAAAUAUUGUCCUGAUUGGGAUUGGAAACAACUGCCUAAAAUUAUUAUUUUUGUUGUUGUUGUUUGACAAGUCCAGGUUCAGUGCAUGGCUAAUGUGUGUGCGUGGUCUUUACUUUUGUUUUUUUUUUCUUCUUAAUAUGUUCAAGGCCAAACAUAUCAAAGGAUUACACAUGUCUGUCCUGUCUGAUGAAUUCCUUAAUAUUUUGUCUUUACUUUUCAUUUUCCAUUUCAAACAGUCCACUGUCACGUCGUCUGUCCACAGUUGUCUGUCAAAUACUCAUGUUGUCUGUCAAAUACUGCUAUUUGAUGUCUCCUUAAUACUUUCAGUGCUGUACAAUAGCUGACUCUGUGAGUGUGACUCGCCUUUAAAUGCAGGCCACUGGGCUGGAAAUAAGCAGGAAAUAAACACAAAGCCAUAGAAUUAAUAUUUCUAAAUUAAAAAUAAACAAUGGAAAUUUGAAAAUCUGAUACAUUUUGAAAGAUUGUGACAAUAGAAACCAAUAUUUGAUCUUCUGUUAUGUAUGAACUCUGAAUGACAAGUGAAUUUAGUAGCACAAAUUUUGUGCUAUUUUAUUAGAAUACAUAGAAAGAUUUGACCUGAAUUCUAUGGAUUUUGAUGCUGUUAGCUUUGUUAGCUGACAAGGACGUCUGGUAACUACUGUACAUACUUCCCAAGUGCUCUCAUCUCAUUUGAUUGUAUAUAUAUAUCUUUUAGAAGGUUCCUAGAAAUGUGAGCUGACUGAGAAAUCAUGCCAUUAUAUGACCAUUUACUGUAUGCACGUUAAGCCUGUCUGUGUGUCGAGCUGAAAAGACAUUCUGUGCAUAUCACUUUCAAUUACAUAUCAUCUGUGCGGGGAUGAAUUUGACGAGGAGAAAUCGAGAAGUGUGUGUUGGGUAAAAGUCGAGGUAUAUGUUUACAUGUUUUCCAACUUCAUUAAUAUUUUCUGGUUUAGAAGAUUCAGAUUAUCAGAGUACAGAUGUAACUGAGUACAGAACAUCGUCUAGUAACUCAUAUCUGACAUGAUAAUUGUUUAUGAAAAAGCUGGAGUAGUCUGUAGAGUUCCUACUGUUCUGUCUUACUUACUCCCUGACUCAUUCUACAUCAUGACUGGGGUUGUGUGGAUGUGUUUAAUGAAGAUGAACACUUCGGGAGUCUCAGUCUUCCUUUCUAAACGUUCUCUCUUUAGUAGUGAUAUUCCCCCGUCUGGUGCAUCCCAGCAUAUCAUGUGCCUUCAUUCGUGCAUCUGUUUUCAACUGACAUUGAUUUGAAUGGAAAGUACAGAAAUAAAUCUGAUUGACAAUU